AUGCAACGUGUAUGUUUUUGUAAAACAGUAUCUCUAUUUAAUCACAUAUUACAACCGAGUCAAGCAUUAGCUAUAUUUUAUCAAUCAUUAAUAUUUUCAUUAAAAAAUUUAGAACUUAUUAAAUGGAUUAGUUUUAAUAUUGAUAUUCCAAUUGGUUUACAAUUAUUAAUGAUUGAUAUUAAUGGUAAUGUUACUAUUGAUAAUGAUUUACUUUAUAAACAUCUAUCGAAUAUAAAACGUGAUGUCGAACAACGAACGGAUACAUCAGUGAUAUUAAAAUGGAUUAGUCGUAUAGUUCUUCGUUUAACAACUGAUCAUUCAUUAUCUUCCAAAUUCGAACGUUCAUAUGAAUUUGAAAAUUUCUAUAAUUUUCUCAAACAAUUUCAUACUAACUCUACUGAUGAUCACUCAACUUUAUUAAAUAAUGAUAAAAGAAUUAUUAAUGAUGAUCUAGAUGAAGAAGAUAUUAGUCGACGUGCUAUCCAUUGUGCAUUAAUAAACUGUAUCGAUUAUGCAAUGACAAAUUCAUCGAAUACUCUACAUUCAAAACCGAAUAAUAUAGAAAUGCAAGAUUUUGAAAGCAAUUCUAUUGCAUUGUACAAUCAACAAAUACUUCAAAUACUUUGUAGUGAUACUUUAGAAUUAGAAAUUGAACUUGCCCGUGAUUCUCAUCAAUCAUCAUUUGAAAUCUUACCUCAAUCAUCAAUACAUGAUCAUACACUAACGAGUUACUAUUCAACUUGGGCAGCAUUAUGGAGAGAUGUAACAGUUGAAUAUUUACAAUUUAAUAGUAAUAAAUGUUUAAAAAAAGUCAUGAUAGAUACUUUUAAACAUGAUAAUCAUUCAUGGUCUAUAAGAGAAAACGAUCGAAUACUUAAUGAAAUAACGGAACAACAACGAAAUUUAAAAAAACCAAUUAUAAAGUCAUAUAAAAUUAAUGAGAAUAAUUUUUGUUUACAUGAUCGUUUAAUGUUUGAAAUAAAACAAAGUAAACAAUUAAAACCAAGUAAAAAAUCUUUAACGAUUGAUUCGAAUCGAAAACGAAUACAUCCUAUUCAAAAAUUAAUAGAAAGUGAUUCAAGUUCAGAUGAUGAUGCACAUCGAGAUGAAUAUGGACGGAAACGAGUUAUUGUCGUCGAUUGUCUACUUGAAUCAUCACCUGAAGAUAAUACGACAAAUAAAUUAACUGUAAAAAAACUUCUAAGUGAACAUAAUUUAUCGAUCAAUACUUUAACAAAUAAAAAAACAUCAAGUGAGAAAAUAAAUCAUUCAACCAUAGAAAAUCUUGAAAUUGAAUAUAUAUCUAUGGAACAGCUUAUCCGGCUUAUGAAAGAUAGUUCAGAUACAUUAUCAUUAACUUAUGAUGAAUUUUGUCAUAUAAGAAAUGUUAUAACACGAUCAGAAUUGGAAACUUUAUUAUUUGAUGAAAAACUUUAUAUUGAAGUUGCUCAGGGCAAAUUAUGUUUUACAUGUCGAAAAGUUUAUUUUAAUAUAUUAACAUUUACAUUUGGUAUACAAUGUAGUGUAUGUAAACAAAAAAUUUGUCGAAAUUGUGUUAAACAAAUUACUUUACCAAAAGAAAGAUUAAAUGAUUUACCAAUUCAAGCUAUAACUCCAUUAACAUUAUCGAAAUCUUUAUCGAAGUCAGACAGAUUGCAUUCACUUGAUACACAGUCACCUCAGACACCGACUAUGAAUGAUAUAAUAAGUGAUUUAAAGUAUGAUGAUACUGGUUCACGUCGUUGUUCUACACCAGGUGGAAUGAGUAGUAAUCAAAUCGGUUCUAGUCCAUGGCGUACAGAACCUAUUGAUAUUUGUACAGACUGUUUUUUUCUUUUACAACAAAUACGAAAGAAAUCUCGUCAACAUCAUGUAUCACCUGCAGUUACAUCAAAUUUAGUUUCAUCAACAUCAUCAUCAUCGUCAUUUAAUCGUAUGCAACAUUCAACAUCUAAUUAUAAUCUAUCAUCAUCAUCAUCUGCAUCCUCAAUAGCUGCUUUAUUAGCAGCACAACACCAGCAACGUUCAUUAAUGGUUAAAACAAUUUCAGUUCAUUCAAAUUUAAAACAAGCAAAAUCAUCACAAGAAUUAUCAGCAAAUAAUGAUUCAUUACAAACACUAACUACAACGAAUGAUAAGAUUGAAAAAGUUAGUUUAUCACGACGUAAUCUUUUUCUUCAACUUCAACCAGCAUAUGAUGUCAAAUUGAAUAAUAAUAAUAUAAAAACAGGAUAA